GUAGAACUGGACAAACGCGACCCACGACACAACGUUUUCCCCCCUCGACGUUUCGGCAGAGAAACAGUGGAUUUAUCCGGGGUUUUUUAGACAAUAACGCGAACAAACUAACAAAGGAGACACGUGUUUAUUUAGCGUAUUGGAGAUUAUUAGACGUUUUUGUUUAUUGUGUGGUUUUCCUGUGACGCCCGGGACCGGAAAAUAACCGUUUUCCCCCGACAGCUGGUUUGCAGAUUCCCCCUACAAGCACUUGAAGUUGAGCCGGCUGAGAUGAGCGGUCCAGAGGUGGCCAAGACACCGGGAGGUGGAGCUCCGGGCAAGGAGGGGAAGGAGCCGGUGGCCAAUGGGCACGCAGGAGAGGGCAGCGACGCCAACCCAUUCGCCGAGUACAUGUGGAUGGAGAAUGAAGAAGAGUAUAACAGACAGGUGGAAGAGGAGCUGUUGGAGCAGGAGUUCUUGGAGCGCUGCUUUCAGGAAAUGUUGGAGGAGGAGGACCAGGAUUGGUUCAUCCCUUCACGUGACCUCAACAACCAGGGGGUGGGGCAGCUGCAGCAGCAGCUCAACGGCCUGUCUGUCAGCGAUCACCACAACAACCUGGAGGAAGUGGCGAGGAAGAGCAUCUUGAAUCCCGAAGCGAAGGAGUUCGUCCCGGGGAAGAAAUACUAGGAGUCCCCCUCACCCCCAUGGAGCCUCCACGCGCACGCACACACACCAGUUCUCACAUAUUCUCAGAGACUCUGGCGGCCAUGACCGCACACACACUGAUUCACAAACACACACACACACACACUCCUACACACUUGAAGUCAAUGGCGUGCUGGCAGGCCCAGUUGGGGGGUGGGGGGAUUUUUCUUUUUGUUUCUUUUUGUUUCUUUAAUCUUUUUAUUUCCUGUUUGUUUCUUGUAAACUGAGGGACAUUGGGAACAGGAGUGGGGGAGGGGUGUAAAACCAGCACCGCCCUUACUGCGGGCGCUAGCUCAUCAUCGCAUUUCAGAUGACACUGUUGAUGUUUACAGAGUAUGCAGAUCUCAUCGAUGUCCAUUUGGAACUGAGGCAGCUACCAAGGAGUGAUACGAGGACAAAAUGUCAAUCCAAAAACAUCUAAUAAUAAACUUGGAAAAAUUGCUUCACAUACUUGUUAAUUUGUGUGCUGUCAGAUUUGAAAAACAUCGUCAGUAGGUCGAGGGUCUCCAUGAUAGUGGGGUUAGAGAGCGACAAACAUUUCAGGGGACUUGAUGGGUUUCUGCAGCUGCUCUGUUGUGUCAUCACGGUCAGAUAAACCCGGUAACGUUUGCUCCUAUGACAUCAUAAGCUCAUUGCGACGUCACAGCUCUAGUGCAUCUAGAAAUGUGGGCUCUUAUUUGUAUCUGCGGCGGCUCCGUUCCAAACCAAAUACAGACCCCACCCUCCCUGCACGCUUGUUUUUGAACAGACAUGGACAGGUAAUCAUGGAUAAGAUGUUAUUUUCCCAAUUUAUGUGGAAGUCCAUGUUUAUCUUUCGUCGUAGAACAGAUGUGUGAGUUUCUCAUUCAUGCAUCAAGUCGAGUUAAGCAAGAAAAAUAUUAUUAUAGAGGGAAGGUCAGAGAUUUUUGAACCUUUUAAAAACUCAGUGCUCUUUUUCUUUUUUUUUUUUUUGUUCACUGCUUCAUCCUUUUCAGUUCAAUUUGGAUUCAUGGGGUGUAGUGAACAACCUUGUUACAGGGGAGUAUUUGGUCUGGAACACAGCCACUGCCUCUUUCUGCCGGAACAACUUGGUUUGUCCAGCAUGAGAUCAAGUGUCCAUAUCCAAAUCAGGUUUUCAAAUAGCCUCUCCUCCUCUUUUUUUUCUUUUUUUUUCUCCAUGUUUUUGAGGAUGAGGAAUUUUGUGUCUCUACUGGGUACAGUAACCUGUGGUGUCCAUUCAGUCCUGUGUGCAGGAGGAAACGUGAGGGGACAAUAUUGUCAUGGCCAAUCAGAAUAAAGCAGUAUGGAACAUGUGGCAGACAGUUUGGCUUCCUUGCUCUUCUUCUCUUUGUAGGUUGAUGUCUUUUUGAGGAAGUUCUUUUGAACCAUAUCUUUGUUGUGGUCUGGCUUUCCCUGAAGCAUCGCCCCUUAGUGCAAGAAUAAUCUCCUGUUAAAUUGUGAGGUGAUGGGGAAAAAGUUGUAUAUGUGAAGAUGCUUAUUGGGAAACCCAGAUUCUAAUCCACAGUAAUCAUUACCACUUGGGUUGAAAAUGCAGAAGCAUUAUUAUCUUCUUCAUGCCACUGUUCAUUUGUGGUAUUAACAGUGACAAUAAUGUCUUGUGUAUUUUACUGUAUUCGUGUUAAGUAGACACUUGUGUACUUUGAAUUAAGAAGUAAAGACCUUUACAUCCAUGCAGCGUUUCAUUCUAACGAGUACACAAGUGUGUUCUUAACCGGGGAAAUGUUGGGUUGACAUUGAACUUCCUCACACAGUGUUGGACCACCGCUGUGUUGGAUGGCACCCUGGUGAAGCCAAUAGGAAUGUCCGCCAGGUGGAUUGUACAACAUGAAAUCAUUUUUGGUGAUUUUGUUUAGACGCGUUAGAUGACAGAAGCCGUUUAAAAAAAAAGAAAAGAGGUCCAGAAGACACAAAGAGUAUGAAUUUCAAUACAAAUAAAAAUAAUGAAAAAAGAAGAAUAAAGAUGUUAAAAGACAAA